AUGUACGUGUCGAAGAUCGAUAAGCUCUCUAUCCUGGGAGUCCGCUCUUUCGAUAAUACGCGCAGCGAAACAAUCCAGUUCCAUACACCCCUCACAUUGAUUGUCGGAUACAAUGGCUCAGGAAAGACGACCAUCAUCGAGUGUCUCAAAUAUGCCACAACGGGCGAUCUCCCUCCGAACAGCAAAGGCGGUGCUUUUAUCCACGACCCGAAACUAUGCGGCGAGAAAGAGGUACUGGCCCAGGUGAAGCUGUCAUUCAUGGCCACUUCCGGGGCGAAAAUGGUUGCCACACGCAGUCUACAGCUUACGGUCAAGAAAACUACACGACAGCAAAAGACCCUAGAAGGCCAGCUGCUUAUGGUCAAAAAUGGCGAACGUACGGCUAUCUCAUCGCGAGUGGCCGAGCUGGACCAAAUAAUGCCGCAGUAUCUGGGCGUGUCAAAGGCCGUGCUGGAUUCGGUCAUUUUCUGUCACCAAGACGAAAGUUUGUGGCCAAUGAGUGAGCCAUCUGUGCUGAAAAAGAGAUUUGACGAAAUAUUCGAGGCUAUGAAGUACACCAAGGCCAUUGACAACAUCAAAGCACUGCGAAAGAAGCAGAACGAGGAACUUGGCAAGUUUAAGAUCAUGGAACAGCAUGCAAAAGAAGACAAAGAUAAAGCAGACCGUGCUGAAAAAAGAUCUGUCAAGCUUCAAGAUGAAAUCGAGGCCUUGCGCGAAGAGACCCAGCGGAUGUCGCAAGAGAUGCGGCGCGUCGCGGAGCUUGCUGAUAAGGCUUGGACGCAAUCAGAAAGUUAUGCCCAGGUCCUCGGUGCUCUUGAGGGCAAGCGCAUCGAAGCUAAAAGUAUCCAAACCACCAUUGACAACCUUAAGAGACAUUUGGUUGAGCUUGAUGACUCCGAUGAAUGGCUUGAAUCUACCCUGGAGCAAUUCGAAACAAAGCAGAUCCAAUACCAGCAACAAGAAGAAUCGCAAAAGGAAAGCUAUAUGGAAAUUAAGGAACGGAUCGAGCAGACUCGUCACCGUCUUGGCCUGAAACAAGCCGAGAAUGGAAAGUUUGCGAAUGACAGGGCCAAUUUCGAGCGCCAGUCUCAAAGGCGUCAGAACAUGAUCAAUGAGAUUGCUCGCGCCAACAGCAUCCGUGGCCUUGGCGAGAUGAUGGACCAGUCUGAAAUUGACACCUUCAUGCAGAAGAUCAAACGCCUUUUAAGAGACCAGAACCAGUCUCUGGACCGUGUGAAGCGUGAAGCGCAGAAAGAGCUCCGUGAGGUUCAACAAACAUUGAAUGAGAUUGGGCAAACCAAAUCCGCACUCCAGGAAACCAAGAACGCGGCAAAACGACAGAUUGCUGCAAAUGACAAGGAGGCAACAAGUUAUCAAAAAAAGCUCAAUGAAAUCGACGUUGAUGAGGGCUUCCAGGCUGCGCUUGAGUCAAAGGUCGAGGAUAUCACGUCAACCCUUGAGCACGCGAAAGAGCGAGCCAAAAUUGCUUCCUGGGAUCAAGAUAUUCAGGAUACUAAUGCGGAAAUCCGUCGUCUUGAGGAUGAAAGCUCGAGAUUGAACACCGAGCUCAUUGAUUCAACCAAGAAGACCGGGGAGUUGGCUCGCCUGGACCACCUCAAGAAAGAAUCGAAGGAUCGUGAACGCAGUCUACAAACGAUGAAAGGAGCUCAUGGUGAUCGCAUUGAGAAGGUUAUUGGUCCAGACUGGAAGCCUGAGACACUGGAGCGAGGCUUCCAGCAAGCUCUCGAUAGUGAAUCAAAGCAGGUGGCUGAUGCCGAGCGAGAGCGCGACAGCGUGAGCCGAGAAUUGGAGCACGUAGAGUUCAAGCUCAAGACAGCCAAGAAAAACCUCAAGCAACGGCAAAAGGAACUUGAUGAGUGCGUGAAGGAAAUUCAUGAAGCAGUCGACGCAGAGCCUUCCGAAUACCCUGAAAUUGUGAAGGAGCGCCAGGGACAGUACGAUCUCGCUCGCAAAGAUGCUGAUCAAUAUGCCGGAAUGGGAGAGUAUCUCACUAAAUGUCUUGAUGCUGCCAAGCGCACCAAGCUUUGCCGAACAUGUCAAAGAUCGUUCAAAAAUGAGGCGGAACUCCAGACCUUCACAAAGAAGCUGGACGCCCUAGUCAAGAAGGCUGGCCUUGAUGCCGAAGACGAGACCCUUAAGGGCCUUGAAGAGGACCUCGAAACUGCGCGCGCCGCUAGUGCAUCCUACGACACUUGGGUCCGUUUGUCAGAGACUGUCAUCCCCGAGCUUGAACAAGAAGAGCAAGAAUCCGAAUCCCAGCGUGACCAGCUUCUGGAGAAGCUGGAAACCCAGGACGGAAAAGUCAGCGAGAAGACAGAAAGCAAGCGUGAUGUCGAGGGGCUUGCUAAGACAGUGAGCACUAUCGCGCGUUACGAUGUUGAGAUCAAGGCGAUCAAAUCACAGAUCCAGGAGCUUUCUGCAAAACAGCAAGAUGCUUCAACUACUCGUACCCUGGAAGAUAUCCAGGAGGAAAUCGCAUCCAUCAAUGAAAAGUCGCGGGAGUUGAAAAAGACUCUUACAAAAGUGACAAAUGAGAAAGACAAGACGCGGUCAGAGAUCAACAAGCUCGAGCUUGAGUUCAGAGAUGUGAAGAGCAACCUUGACAAUGCCAAAUUCCAGCUGGAAAAGAAAGCGGACCUGACCGUCCGGAUGGAGGAAUUCAAGAAACUCAAUAAUCAGCAGCGGGACGCAAUUGAGAAGGCAGAUCAAGAUAUCGAAAGUCUCACGCCGGAAUUGCUUCAAGCCCAAGCUCGUUAUGAUGAUAUCAGCCAGCGAGCCGACGAGCGUGAACGAGAUCUGCAGCACGAGAUCAAUCGCUUAUCUGAGAACAUCCAUCAGCUUGACCUUGCCAAUGACGAUAUCAACUCGUACAAUCAACGGGGAGGUCCGGGCCAACUUGAACGAAGCAAGCAGGAGCUUCAAGAAAUUGAAGCUGAAAUUGGCAAACUCGAAGCUGAUCAAAGCGAUAUCACAAAGGAGAUCAACAAAAUCUCGACCCAACUUAAGGACAGUGAAAACACAAAGCGGCAAUACUCCGAUAACUUGACAUAUCGCCAAGCCACUCGAUCUCUUAACACAGUUGUUGAAGAAGUUGAGCAAUUAGAAGCGCAAAAUGCCGAAGUGGACCGAGGCCGUUUCAAGCAAGAGUCAGAACGCUGGACUCGUGAACACAAUGCCCUUGCUGCCAAACAGGCCAGCAAGAUGGGCGAAAUGAAGUCCAAGGACGACCAGUUGAUGCAGCUGCUGGCGGACUGGAACACAGAUUAUAAGGAUGCAUCUUCGAAAUACAAGGAAUCCCACAUCAAGGUCGAGACCACCAAAGCCGCCGUCGAAGAUCUGGCUCGAUACGGUGGCGCUCUUGACAAAGCAAUUAUGCAAUACCACGGUCUGAAGAUGGCAGAAAUCAACGCCAUCGCUGGCGAACUGUGGCAGAAGACAUAUCGCGGAACAGACGUUGAUACUAUCCUCAUCCGGUCCGACAACGAGAAUGCCAAGGGCAAUCGAUCGUACAACUACCGCGUCUGUAUGGUCAAGUCAGGCGCCGAGAUGGAUAUGCGCGGCCGCUGCAGUGCAGGCCAAAAAGUUCUGGCUAGUAUCAUCAUUCGUCUUGCCCUUGCGGAAUGUUUCGGUGUCAACUGCGGUCUCAUUGCUCUUGAUGAGCCCACUACGAACCUAGACCGAGACAAUAUUCGCUCUCUGGCGGAGUCGCUGCAUGACAUUAUCCGCACUCGUCAGCAGCAGGCCAAUUUCCAGUUGAUUGUCAUCACGCACGAUGAAGAAUUCCUGCGCCACAUGAAAUGUGGUGAUUUCAGUGACUAUUACUACCGGGUCUCGCGCAACGAGAGACAGAAAUCGAUCAUUGAGCGACAGUCAAUCGCUGAGGUCAUGUAG